GAGACAGUCCACUUAAAUGCAGCUCCAGGGUUGCGGGACACCCACCAGCAUCACUCCCCGUGUGAGGUGGCAAAUGCAACAUGCUGUCCAGCCUGGGGUGUCUCCUUCUCUGUGGAAGUGUUGCACUAGCCCUGGGAAAUGCACAGAAAUUGCCAAAAGGUAAAAGGCCGAGCCUGAAAGUUCACAUCAAUACCACAAGUGACUCUAUCCUCUUGAAGUUCCUGCGUCCAGAUCCUAACGUAAAACUGGAAGGUUUUCUCCUGGGAUACGGCAGCAAUUUAUCACCAAACCAGUACUUCCCUCUUCCCGAGGAAGGGAAGUACACCGAGGCCGUAGUCGAUGCGGAGCCUAAAUAUCUGAUUGUCGUGCGACCUGCCCCUCCACCAAGUCGAAAGAAGUCAUGCUCAGGCAAAACACGCUCUCACAAGCCUCUCCAGCUGGUGGUUGGCACUCUGACACCAAGCUCCGUCUUCCUGUCGUGGGGCUUCCUCAUUAAUCCACACCAUGACUGGACAUUGCCGAGUCACUGUCCCAAUGACAGAGUUUAUACAGUUCGCUACAGAGAAAAAGAUAAAGAAAAGAAAUGGGUUUUUCAACUCUGUCCAGCCACUGAAACAAUUGUAGAAAACCUAAAGCCCAACACCGUUUAUGAAUUUGGAGUGAAAGACAACGUAGAAGGUGGAAUUUGGAGUAAGAUUUUCAAUCACAAAACUAUUGUUGGAAGUAUAAACAAAGUAAAUGGGAAAAUUCAAAGUACCUAUGACCAAGCAAACACAGUGCCAGCAUAUGUCCCAAGGAAGCUGAUCCCAAUAACAAUCAUCAAGCAAGUGAUUCAGAAUGUUACUCACAGGGCUUCAAUUAAAUCCCCAGAUAGGACUCCCAUUGGAGGAACAAUACUGGUCCACCUUGUCGUUCCUGGUCUUAAUGAAACCACUGUAAAACUUCCUACAUCCAUAAUGUUUGAGAUUUCAGAUGCAAUCAAGACACAAUUAGCUAAGAAUGAAACCUUGGCAUUACCAGCUGAAUCUAAAACACCAAAGGUAGAAAAAAUCGCGGCACAGCCCAUAACAGUGACUCCUGACUCAGUUCCAAGAACCACUAAACCCACUGUGUCUCAUACGUUAGACACUUCAGAAACAACACUGGUUCUCAGUGAAAAGACUCCGGAAAGAUCGCAAACUAUUCUAAUACCUAGGUUUGAAUUACCGCUGAGCACUCUAGCUCCGAAAAGAUUUCCAGAAUUUCCUCAGGCAAAAACACCCUUCCCUUUUGAGAAAGCUGGGGGCACCUUGGCCUCAAGUGAAAAGCCAUGGAUUGCACCUAUAACCAAAACAUCUGAAGAUUCCAAAGUUCUACCUCCUCACACUGCAACUUAUGAUGUUUUCUCAAGCCCUACAACAUCAGACGAGCCUGAAAUACCAGAGUCCCACACAGCAACACGGGAUCCAUUUCUGGAUUCUGUCCCACCUAAAACUUCUAGAACUCUUGAACAGCCAAGGGCAACACUGGCUCCAAGUGAAACACCAUUUGUUCCUCAAAAACUGGAAAUCAUUACCAGUCCUGAAAUGCAACCUACAACACCUGCUCCCCUGCAAACCACAUCUGUCCCUUCUACACCUAAACGACGCCUCAGGCCCAAACCACCAAGAACCAAACCUGAGAGAACCAAAAGUCCUAGAACAACUACAUCUAAACUUUCUAAAAGCCCUGAACCUACAUGGACAACACUGGCUCCCAGUAAAACACAAUUUAUUUCUUUGAAACCUAAAAUCCCUCUCAGCCCAGAAGUGACACACAUCAAACCUGCCCCGGAACCUCAGAUUCCAACGCCAUCACAGUCAACCAUAGUCUUAGAACCUGGAACACUGGGAACCAAAACUUCAACAUUAGCUCCACCAAAGACCAAACAACCAGGUCGUCGCCCUCGCCCUAAAACCACACGUAGUCCAGAUGUGCCCAAGUCCAAACCUGCUCUACAACCUGCUACAGUACACCAGCAGCUCUGGGUGCCCACAGUCGAUUCAAAACCACCAAAGCAAUUACUUCCUAAACCCCAAAUCACAGCAAAACCCGAUAUGCCAUCAACUAAAUCCGUCUUUGAGCCCAUUACAUUUGAGGCCGAAGCUCCCUCCAUAACCAUAGUUCCUGCCACAGACUUUGAACCUGUAACUCUGAGAACUGAGGCUCCUUGGACAACCCUAGCUCCAAAAACAUCAAAAAGACCAAGAACACGUCCUUCACAUCCCAAACGUCCAAAAGGUCCCAAACAUCCCAAACGCAAAACCACGCCAACCCCAGAGGCACCUCAGACCGCACUAGAAAUUGAACCUGUCACUCCUGGGACACCUUUAGCUCCAAGAAAAACAAAGAAGCCCCGUCGCCUACGUCCCAAACCUAAAACCACACCCCAUGCAGAAGUGCCUCAGAUGCCACUGGUUCCUGCCACAAUCUUUGAACCAGUUGUUCCUAGAACCGAGGCUCCUGGGACGACACUAGCUCCCAAAGUGCCUGAGCAAAUUCAUCAUCCACGUCCCAAACCUAAGGCCACAGCAAGUCCUGAAGCACCUCAGGCCGAACUGGUUCCUGUUACAGACUUUGAACCUGUUACUUUUACAACUGAGACCUCUGGGACAACAUUAGCUACCAAAGCAUCAAAAAGACCCCACCGUCCACAUCCCAGAACUAAAACCACACCGAGCCCUCAAGUACCUCAGACCAAACCGGUUCCUGCUACAGUCCUUGAACCUGUCACUCUUAGACCAGAGGUCACAGGAACAACAUUAGCCUCCAAACCAUCACAACGGACGCGUCGUCCAUGUCCCAAACCAAAAACCACACCCCGUCCAGAAACACCUGAGUCCAAACCAGUUUCUACUGCAGACUUUGAACCUGUUACAUUCAGUACUGAGGCUUGGGUGACAACACAAGCUCCUAAACCAUCAAAACGGACCCGUCGUCCACGCCCCAAACCUCAAACCACAACUACUGAGGCACCUCACGCCAAACUGGUUCCUAUUACAGAUCUUGAGCCUGGUACUCCUAGAACUGAAGCUCCAGAAAUCGUAGUUCUUCCUACAGUCUUUGAACCUGUCACUCUUAGAACCAAGGCUCCAGAAAAAACAUUAGUUCUUACUACAGGCUUUGAACCUGUUCUUCAUAGUUCUGAGGCUCUGGGAACAUUAGUUUCUGAAGUCCUGGAAUCUGUUACAUUUAGCACCGAGUCAUCAGAGGAAGCUAUAGCAUCAGCCGAGACACAUUAUGUAUAUCCCACUGCCAAGGCACCACUCAGGCCAGAGGAGCCAAAGACUGAAGUUGUGGAAUCUGUUACAAAUGUGUCUGAACCACCUGAGGCUACACUAGCUGCCAAGCAGACACCGCGCAUUCCUCCCAAACCAAAAACAUCUCCACGUCCAAGAGUCCCACAAACACAGCCAGCAAUUAAGGUGUUCCAGCGUGUUACUUCAAAGCCAAAAACGUCACCAAGGCCAGAAGUGUCAUAUACUCCACCUGGUCCUGGAGAUGUGCUCCGUCCCCGCAAACAAGACCACGAAGUCUCUCAGAGCGAACCUGUUCUGCAGCCUGUUACCUUUAGAAUUGAUCUGCCAGAGACAACAAUAGCUCCUUUAGAGACCCGAGGCAGCCCUUUUAUUCCUAUGAUUUCACCAGGUCCUGGUCAAGAGGAACUACAGACCACUCUGGCAGAAACAGACCAAUCCACCCAAGAACCCUUCACAACUAAGAUCUCACGAGCAACUGAAUUGGCAAAGACAACUCAGGCACCACACAGAUUGUACACUACUCCUAUGAGGCCCAGAAUACCCUACAAACCACACCUCAGACCUGUUCUAAAUAGGACAACUACAAGACCUGGUAGACCCAGACCCAGUGGGACACCCAAAGGGAAUGGAAUGGGAACAGGGGUCAAGCAACCACCAAAGCCAUCGGGUGCUGAUAGAAAUGUGUCCGUGGACUCUACUCACUUCACAAAAAAACCAGCCCCAAUUCCAGGCACUCGCCGCCUACCCUUGCCACCUAGACCUACACCUCAACGAAGAAAACCUUUACCACCAAAUAAUGUCACUGGAAAGCCAGGAAGUGCAGGAAUCGUUUCCUCAGGCCUAGGAACUUCCACACCCUUGCAGGCGACACUCAGGCCAACGGGAGCCCCCUCAGAGAGAGCAGAGACAGACAAAAAGCAACCAACAGCUCCUGCCUCAGAAGAAGAUCUUGGUAAUGUAACUGACUUUAGCUCAAGUCCAACAAGAGAAACUGAUCCUCUUGGGAAGCCCAGAUUCAAAGGUCCUCAUGUGCGAUACAUUCAGAAGCCUGACAACAGGCCCUGCUCCAUCACCGACUCCGUCAAACGGUUCCCCAAAGAGGAGGCCACAGAGGGGAACGCCACCAGCCCACCGCAGAACCCACCUUCCAACCUCACUGUGGUCACUGUGGAAGGAUGCCCCUCAUUCGUCAUCUUGGACUGGGAAAAGCCACUCAAUGACACUGUCACUGAAUAUGAAGUUAUAUCCAGAGAAAAUGGGUCAUUCAGUGGGAAGAACAAGUCCAUUCAAAUUACAAAUCAAACCUUCUCCACAGUAGAAAAUCUGAAACCAAACACAAGCUAUGAAUUCCUGGUGAAACCAAAAAACCCACUUGGAGAAGGCCCACCCAGCAACACAGUGGCAUUCAGCACUGAAUCAGCGGAUCCGAGAGUGAGCGAGCCGGUUUCUGGAGGAAGAGAUGCCAUCUGGACAGAAAGACCCUUUGAUUCAGACUCUUACUCAGAAUGUAAAGGCAAACAAUACGUCAAAAGGACAUGGUAUAAAAAGUUUGUAGGGGUGCAGCUGUGCAACUCUCUCAGAUACAAGAUUUAUCUCAGCGACUCCCUUACAGGAAAAUUUUAUAACAUAGGCGAUCAGAGGGGCCAUGGAGAAGAUCACUGCCAAUUCGUGGACUCAUUUUUAGACGGACGCACAGGACAGCAGCUGACUUCUGAGCAGUUACCCACAAAAGAAGGUUAUUUCAGAGCAGUUCGCCAGGAACCUGUCCAGUUUGGAGAAAUCGGUGGUCACACCCAGAUCAAUUACGUUCAGUGGUAUGAAUGUGGGACCACAAUUCCUGGAAAAUGGUAGAUGCUACAAUCAUUCACAAGUGCCUUCUGUUUCAUCACGGCAAAAAAUAACUGCAAACACUAUGGCAUUUGUCACAUUCAUUUAAAGCUAUUCUGUUUACUAUGUAUAAAAGUUUAAAAUCUAAUUGAUAGCAGUAUUAGAUGUUUAUUAGAAAGAUUGCUGAGAAUAUUUAUCAGGUUUUACAAAGUCAUUUUAAGAAAGCAAGAUAUUAACAGAGUAACUUUUUUUUGGGGAAGCUGGCUCCCUAGUCAUGGUAUUUUAAGAGAUCAUUUGUAUAUUAUUUAUCACACUGUUGUAAUGUUUUGAGAUACUUUUAUAACAAAAUUAACAUCAAAAACUAAUAUACUUUUUUAAAUGUUUACUUUUAUUGUGUAUUCUUCCUACUAGUGAGUUAAUUCCAUAAAUCUCUCCUUGGUUUAACUUAUUAGAUGAGAUUAAUAUCAGCAUAUAUAUCUGGGGAAAAAAGGUCCUGAUAUUCACGUUUAUUUAAACUUCAAUUUUUUAGCAAUAGCUGAAUAGCUUUUCUGAAGCAUUUAAAUAAACAUUCAUGUGAAUAUACAUUUCCUCAAAUAUUUGCAAAUUGUUAAAAGGGUUUUAUUUGAAUUAGUAAAUUUCAUUUCAGCUAAAAAUAGAAUUAAGAAUGAUAUAUUGUUUCAAAAAUACAAAUUUUUUCUUACUCAUAAUUAUAUAUUACAAUGUCUGAAUAUACUUUGUCAAACUAUCCUUUAAACAACUGUCUUCAUAUUGUUUUUACAGGAUAUUUACUACAUUUUUACACAUAAAAGUUCUAGAAAUGAAUGUAUCAGGGGAUGUUUUUCAUAUUGUAACUUAACCUGUACUGAAAAUCAGACUCAUUUUUAUUUAAAAAAGUAUUUUUGUCAUUUGGGAAGGGAGGUGGGAAUGCUGCAUUGUUUCCCUCAUUCUGAGAGGCCCCUGGGCUUUACCCCUUUCAACAUGCUUCAAUUUUAUCAAUGCUACAUUCUGUACUUUUCAAACAAGUAGAAACUCUGCAAUAAAGAGAGAUAGUUUUUGUUUUUUAA